CCGCCGCCCGCUCGGCUGCGUAGUAGGGGACGCUGGGGUCCGCCCGCACCGCAUAAACAAAGGAACAUUGGCUCGGAGGUGGUCGGUUGUGCUCCGCGCCCGCACCUCUGCUAUGGAGGUGAACUGAAGACGCAACGCCGAUGUGUGCGUGAAUAGUCCCAUUGUCUCAGCUGCGGUCGGGAUGGCGAGCGGGGGAACAGAAACGUGGGGACGUCUGGAGGAGGCGCUGAUACUGGAGUCCAAGUACCAGCCGUCACUGCAGCUGCCAAUCACAACCGAGAAUGGCAGCGACGUGACGAUGGGCAUGCGCGACGGCUCUGCCCAGGUGCUCCGGUGUCUGAAGGUGUGGUACGAGCUGCCUCCAGACGCCCUCUUCAUCGCCCUGAACAUCAUGGACCGCUUCCUGAGCCGCAUGCGCGCGCGCCCCAAGCACCUGAGCUGCAUCGCCAUCAGCUCGUUCCACCUGGGCGUCGAGUACGUGGCGCGCGACCAGCCGCAGGUGACGGCGGCGGCGCGCAGCCCGGCCGAUCUGGUGAACAUCAGCCAGGCCAAGUGCUCGGCCGGCGACGUGGUGCGCAUGAGCCGCAUCAUCGCCGACAAGCUGGGCUGCGACCGCACGGCCGCCACGCGCCCGGUGACGGCGGCCGCUCUCCUGCGGCUGCUGGCCGCCCUGCUGCGCGAGACGGCCGGCCGGCUGCCAGCGCCGCUGGCGCAGGCCGUCGCCGCCGUCGACGCCGAGGCGCUGGUGCGCCGGCUGGAGAGUGUCGUGUGCACGGGCGCCGCCUCGGCGGCGCGCAGCUCCGAGCUGGCGCUGGCGCUGAUCGCCGGCCGCCUGCACGAGCUGUGCGCCGGCGAGCCGACGGCGGUGCUGGUGCGCGACCUGCAGCACUUCUGCCGGAUUCCGGACGCGUCGUUCGCGAAGACCCGCGAGCUGGUGUCGCAGCUGGUGGCCAACUACAAUUCUGCCGGAUGCACGCCGCAGCGCGCCCGCCAGCGGCUCAUGUGGCGGCUCUCCAACAGGACGCUGAAGCAGCUGCGGCCCACCACGCGGCUGCGCUCUGUACUCCCCACCAUCGAAGAAAGCUGGGACUCUGCCGGACCGGGCUCGGGCGCGCGCAACUCGCGCCGCCACCGCUGGACGGCGUGCGGCACCGACUGCAACCAGGCGUGCGCGCGGCCGGCCGGCCGGCUGGCGCCCGCCGCCGUCGUCACCGCUCUACCCGACGAGUGAGCGGACGACGGCGACCCGGCCGCGCCUCGCGCCCGCAACAACGGGCAAAGGCCUCCGCCGCCGCCGCCGCCGCCGCAGGCCCCCGACGUUCCGUGUUUUGCUUUUCACAUGUUUCCAAUGUCUCUGACACCGUGUCCAGUUUUGGAAAACAUUCAAAAAAAGUACAAAAAGUACUUGGAAAGCAAAUUGUCAUAAAAAGUUAAAAAGUACAAAAAGUCAAAAAAUGUGAUAGUGCGUAGUGUGCAAGUCAUGAAUGUAUGAGUCUAAUUAAUCCCCCAAUUGGCCUAUACCCAACUUUGUUUUCGCAAAGUCGUUAUGUGGCAGGUAGUGAUUGGGACCUGAGUUUAGAGCAGCGUUAUUUCGCGAGAAUUUUAUUAUGAACGGUCUUCUUGUCCUCUGUCCGCUGGUAACACGUUCGGUGAGCCGUUCGACGCGCUCGCUUCCGCCCGCCAGCCCGCUUCUCGGCGUGUUCUGAUGUCGUGUCUGGACGUCGAUGGACCCCACAGCUCUAGUCAGCGCCGGCCCGGGGAGCGAGCGCCUGCCUGUGUCUUGUCUGUCUGUCUGUGGUCGGCGGCGGCGCCAUGCUGUGUGAGUGCGUGUGAGGGGGCGUGCGCUCCGCCGCUGUCCGCCCGGUCUGAUGACGCCGCCCUGAAGCCCGACCCUUAUCGGGCGGCCGACGGUGCGCCGGGCGGGCGGCGGCGGCGCGCGCGCCCGUGCCGCCGGCGCCGUGGCGAGCCGGCCGGCCGGCCCUGAGGACGCCCCCCUGACGGCGCCGUACCAGCCGUAGCGGGGGGCCGAGGGCGCGGCCGGCCGACCGGCCCGCAGCUGCGCCGUCGGCACCGCCGCCUGGCCGUCGAACCGCCUCAGAGAGAUCGAGUGACUGACUGCUGCCGGGGGCGGCCGCCGCGCGGCGCGCCCCCGCACCGGACCGCGGGCAUUACACCGGUCAGUGUCCCCGCCCCGGCCGGCGGCACGCGGCGCCGCGCCCGCACGCCCAGCCGCCGGCCAGCCCCACCCCUGACCUGACCCCCUCCCCCGCCCGGUACGGCUCAGCGCGGACAAACCGACAAUAUGCGUUUCGGCUAUUUCGUGGCGUACUGCGAAAUUGAGGAAAUACAUGUAUUAUUUUUUC